GUCGAAUAUUAAUAUUUCAUCAGACCCACACCAUCCUUACCACCACCUUCAAUACCACACACAAUGUCCUUGAGGCGGAAUGGAAAUGCUGAAGCUGGGCCAUCCAAGAAGCGGCGGCUUCCAGGUGCCUGUGAUCUGUGUAAGAAAAGGAAAAUUCGAUGCGAUGGCAGUGAGAGGCCCAACGGUCACUGCACAAAUUGCACGAACAGUGGGGUAGAGUGCACGCAUGUAGAGCUCACAAAGAACCUAGGAUCUGCGAAAGGGUCAGAAUGUUGUUUUUCGGAAGGUGCUUUUUGGUUUGACGCAUUUAACAGAUAUGUUGAAGGGUUGGAGUACCGACUUGAGAAGAUGGAAAUGUUGUUGAAUAAGUUGUUGCCAGGGGUUGAUACCAAUAACGAGCUGGACACUGAAGCCACUGAAGCACCACACCUCGAAGAAGAAUCGAUACCACGAAAUGACCUCGAUGAAACUGUUUACAAACUCGAAAAACUCGAUUUAGAAACACCUUACUCUCGGUAUUACGGGAAAGCAAGUGGUUUGUAUCUUGUGGAGACAGCUUUGCAACACAAGGAGCAUCAUACCGGAAAGGAGGUCCCCAAAGUCCCAAUGAAAACAGCGUUCUUAGAAGAGUUUUGGGAACCUCCCCCAACCCAUGCCUAUGCGGUAUCUACACCCGAGUACGAUUUCCCCGAAGAGGACUUGAUGAACGACCUCAUUGAUUUGUACUUUGUGAAGUACAAUUGCUUCGUCCCACUCCUCCAUCGGCCUACCUUUGAACGCUCUGUCAAGGAAGGACAACAUCUUCAUGACCAUUCGUUUGGUGGUAUCUUAUUAUUGGUGUGCGCCUUGGCAGCGAGGUACUCCGAUGAUCCAAGAGUGUUUUUGGAGGGGCCAGAAUGUGCAAACUCUGCUGGUUGGCAAUGGAUUAGGCAAGUGCCUGUUGUCAAGGUACCGUACGGAAAGCCUUCACUGUAUGACUUGCAAGCUUAUGCGCUUGCUGUGCCAUACUUGCAAAACUGUACAUUAUUCGUUCAAGCGUGGACUAUGGUCGGCUUUGGAUUACGACUCGCGCAAGACGUGGGUGCGCAUAGUCAGCGAGGAAGUCGUCCACCAAACGCUCAAGAUGAGUUGUGGAAACGUGCUUUCUUCGCCCUCCUUUUCUAUGAACGUGCUCUCGGAAACUUUUUCGGCCGACAACCGAAUCUCCAUGAAGAUGAGUACAACGUCGAUCUCCCGUUACCCGUUGACGACGAGUUUUGGGACUGCACUGACCCGAAGAUGAACUUCAAACAGCCACCUGGCAAGCCUUCCUCUAUAGCAUUCUUUGGGUAUCUAAUUAAGCUCAGCGACAUAAUGAGUUACGCUCAACGCAUGGUGUAUUCUCUUCGUAAGCCAAAUAUUAUAACGGGCAAACCCAACAUCCAAUCGGAACAUCAAAUCAUAAGUGAUUUGGACUCGGCUCUGAAUAGCUGGCUCGAUUCAGUUCCAGAACAUCUUAAAUGGGAUCCGAGCCGUCCGAAAGAUCUUUUCUUCGAACAGUCAGCCUCUUUGUGGAUCUUAUUCUACAAAGUUCAGAUAAUGAUCCACAAACCUUUCAUACCGACACCCAAACGCCCUUCAUCAUUAUCAUUCCCUUCCUUGACGAUAUGCACCACCGCUGCUCGUGCAUGCAGUCAUAUCGCAAGGGUCCUUCACGCAAAUAACAUAACACUUCAACUGAGACACGUGGCUACAGCGAUGUUUUCAGCCGCGGUUGUUAUCCUCCUGAAUACUUGGACGGGUAAGCGGUCUGGGACGACAGGUAACAUGGAUAGGGACCAAGCAGACCUUCAGUCCAUCAUGGAUCAUAUGAAGCAGUAUCACCAGAGGUGGCCUCUGACAGCGGCAUUUGGUGAUAUCAUUAUGGAUUUGGCGAAAGUAAGCCAUGUACCAAUACAGGGACACAAGAGGAGGCGGUCUGCGGAAAAUCUGAAGGAAGAGGCACAGAAGACGGUGAAGUCCUCACCUAAAGAGAGAACGUUAGCUGGAUCCCGUCGAGCGUCGUCAAAACUGCUACAAAACCGCUAUUCUUCGUCUCCGGAGAUGUCUUCAGCCACAACGUCUUCUGGAGGAUCAUCUAGAUUCCCUUCGGUAUCGUCAUUCAAUUUUAGCCCGGAGCUUCCGGGUCUUAUUGGGGACUUUUCAACGCCGUCGACCUCGUCACCGGCGAGCUCUCCCCCCUAUCUUCCUGGCAAUGGUGUGGACGGGUUACCGGAUACGAGUGCGAGCGGUUACAGUGCACCUUCGUACUCACAGCAACUUGAUAUCGAUACGUUAUUUGCGUCGUUGCCUCCUAUGAACGACCCUGCGAUGUCGGUUUGGUCAUCAACGCAGUUCGGUAUUGAGAUGCAAGAUUGGGCGCCGUACUUUACUAAUUUUGACCAGGUGGACCAAACGACACCUGGAUAUCAGAAUCAGACAGAAUAUGAUGCUUCGGCUUUACGGUUUUGGUAAUUGAAUAGCAUCUGUGAAUAAUGUGUUGUUUUAUUUCGUGUACCUUUAAAUGUCGAUUCAGUGUAGUUGCAGCAACGGAG